GGGGCAGCGGCAGCCAUGCAGGCUGCGGACGCAGGCGCAGGCAGCGUGGCGGGCGGCGCUCACACCCAGCGUGGACGGCGUGGCCGCGACUUUCCUGAUGGUACCGACACAGAAGCUGCUGCAGCCGGUGGAACUCGAGAAGUCGCGCAGGCACCGCACGCUGCCAUUCCGGGCGGAGACGCCGCGACAGCAGCCGCAAACCCGGGAAUGCGACCACACUCCUUUACCCUCAGUGUGCCUUUUCCCACCCGUCUGGAGGCAGAAAUCGCCUGUGAGUCCCUGGCUCCAGAUGCUGAGCCUCACCCAGAAGCGAUUGGAAAGGACCUCGCAGUGACCGGCACCGUCCUGGCUGUCCGCUGGACAGCUAAAGAUCCUCGCCUCCUCCGAGUUUCCAUCAUCAACUUUCUUGAGCAGCUUUCCUUGGUGGUGCGGACCCUGCAGCGCUUUGGGCCUCCCAUUGCCCGCUAAGACUGGACUGGGUAAAGGGGCCCAGUUGUUACCUUGCUCCCCUCUUAGAAAAUGUGUCUCCCUAGGGCGAUCAUGUCGGAAGCAGGAUGGGGCCUAAUGGCUUGCCUGCAUUGGGUUCUGGGUGCUCAAGAUCUAUUUGUUUUCACCAGUGCUUAAAUGUUUGCUACCACAGAAAAUAAAACUGACCUCUUCCCA